ACCAGCGUUUGACCAGCUGUAGCGCACGUGUGUAGAUGUUUUCUUCAGCAUUGCAAGAUGAUUACCCACGUUCGAGUCCGGUACGAAGAUGAUAAAAAAAUUGGAACGGUGCCAAUAGAAGACGUUAAAGAUUUCUUCCCCCGUCACCAGCAAGACUUCAAGUCCAAAUCCCUCUAUUUAGUCAAAUGGACGGACGACAGUGGAGACAGCGAUUACUAUAGGGCCCGGAUUCUGGCACUGGGAGAAUCGGAGGACUUCGCGGAGACAGAGGCCAGAGAGAGAACGCGUAUUCCGAAGAGGGUUUAUUCGCCGGCGUCUUCGGACUACGAGAAUGAAGCGGAGAGCCCUAUCAAAGAAAAAACGAAAAACAAAACAACAAGUGGUGCAGAGGCACGCCUGCUUCAGCUUUUAAAAAGCAAGAAAGAAAAUAUGAAGAGGCAGGCGAAAAAUCAAGAUGGGCCACAUUCUAAAAAGCACCACAAAGAAGCAAUGGACAGUGGGCGCCUUCAGGGGGCUCAUGAAACCAUUGAUAACCUUGAAGAGCAGGUAGAGAAAAAAUCUACCAUCAUUCGCCAACUGCGAAAACAAAAUGAAGAAAAAGACAGGGAGAUGGCUCAACUCAGAAGACUGAACAUGGAGCUUCAGGACAAGGUUAUUUCUGCACUGGAAGACAUGAAAGGCUGCAGAAUUAUGAAAAGGAUCAUGGAUGGCAGCCAGUCGAGCCCCUCCGUGUCUGAGGAUCUACAAGACACCUUGACAGAGCGAGCCCUUCGCCCAGGUUCAUCCAAUCCGCAACCGAAUGACAGUGAAACAAUGGUGGACAUUGGACGAGGGCUUAUGGUCAAGAAAGGUGCAUGGGAACAUGUGCAGUCCCAUCAUAAGGAUUCCUUAUUUGUCAAGGACCUGCUAGUCACCAUCUGGUCGAAAGACAACCUUAAGGAGCGCUCCCUGCAUGGAAAACAUUGUCCACGGUACCCUAACCGUCCACGCAAGGCUCCCCUAACACCGUGGAAGUUGGACGUAAUGCGUGACUGCUACAGAGCACGUCUGGAGCAUCAAGGCGUGCCUGCAGGAGUACUGCCGUUGGCAGUCAAACAGAUGAACCACUUCAUUGUUGAGAAGCUUUCAGAUAUUGAGAAGCUUGCCAAGCGGGCGAAGGACAACCAGGGCGUUGCGGAAGUUUAACAGAGGAGGACCAUUGGUGCAUUUUCUAAAUAGUGUAAAUAUUAUGGAAUGUGUGAAUAAAUUUUCAUUCUUUCAUAUUU